AUUUGAUUGAGAAACCAAUAAGAAGUCGUACAAUAAUUGGCGUUUCAUUUCACUCAAUGACUCAUCCAGUCGCCCUGUCGACCUCCCCAUAACCGUCUGUCCGCCAUUGUUAUCCCUUCAUCAACUUCUUCAAUGGCUCUAUUAUAUUCACUCGCUUUUUUAUAAUAGCACUCAUUAUUCAUUCCCCUACCUCAUUUACCAGAUUUCUGAGAUGGGAACUCCAAUAUUGCAGGCAUUGUCACUGUUGCUUUGUAAAGAAAUGUAUUUAAUGCAGCAUCAUGUUUCAACGAUAUACUCCUACCAAAGGAACAAGAUAAUGAUUAGCCAGGCUGUGACAAAGUUUACUCCACCAUCACCAUCUUUCCCCAAGAGGAGCCUCCAAGGGAGAAGGCGUCGUUGCGGAAUCAAAUUCGCUCUAGACACCGGUGGAUUUUCCACUAAUGGUAGUCAGGAUAAUGACAUUGAUGAGGACUCUCCUGGUCUUGGUCAAACACGGCUUAGUAGGAUUUUGAUUGCAGGUGGCAGACAGCUGCUUGGAAAGUUAAAUUCAGCUAGAAAAAAUUUCCCCAUGAAGGUUUUCCUUCUUUUACUGGGAUUCUACACUGCCAAUGCAUUAGCAACAAUACUUGGUCAGACAGGUGAUUGGGAUGUAUUAGUUGCUGGUAUCGUAGUUGCUGCCAUUGAGGGAAUAGGUAUGCUCAUGUACAAAAGAACAGCAUCAUCAAGUACGAGACUGCAAUCUUUAAUUGUGCUGAUCAACUAUUGGAAAGCGGGAGUUUGUUUAGGGCUUUUUGUAGAUGCUUUCAAAUUGGGUAGCUGAACGAUUCUCAUGCAUUCAUUUCUACCAAUAGCAACAAUGUAUUCUAUACAAUAUCAAUUUCUUGUACAACUCUUCCCGUGCUUGUUUUUAUAUGCUAGCUAGCACUUGCAGAUUAAAUAUAUUGUAAAGCUAUUUAGUUUGUAAAUGGACUAGAAACUCAAUAUUACAAUUUUUGAUUCAUCGUUUUCA